GUUGUGAUUGGCCAGUCAUGCGGUGACGUCACUGACAGUCAGAGCAUGUUGUUUGGCUGAGAGUGGAGUUAGCAUUAGCUUUAGCAUUAGCAGGUGUAGGGCGAGGAAGAGGAGGAUGUGUGUCCCGGCCGAAGAGGAGAGGGAUAAAGAUGACCGCAUGGCCAACUCUGUCGCUCUUUCUACUCUUGGCGAGCUGCUAUGUGGCCCGCAUGGAGCUGGAUCAUGUGCCUCCACAGGACAGUGGUGUUCUGGAAGAGACAGGAGAACAUCAGCACCAGGAGGAUGAGGACUUGGCGGCGCUCCCCUCGUCCUUGUCUACCAAGGAGCUGGCAACAGGAGACCAUGAAGAGAAGGAGCAGACUCUUUCACAGGCCUUGGGUCCAGAGCCCACAGGGGAUGGUGUGUCAGAGGUCCACAACGGGACUUCACAUGCACAAACGGAACAUGAGCAAAGCUCAGAAGAGAGCAGCCGUCCUCAAGUUCUAGAACCUUCUGCUUCAGUGUUUGGAUCCACUGCUGAGGAGAAGGACAGUCCUGGUGAGGACAGCACAGUCAGUGUUUCAGAUGGUGAAGGUCACCUUGACUCGGCCUUGUCUCCAGCUGACUGUGAAGAAGAGUCUAACCCCUUUGAUGAGGACAGACUUCCUCCCCUCAUCCUGGAGAACAUGUCCAACGCUCACGCAGCUGGUACCAAAAGUCACUCUGACCCCUCUGCGGGGUCUCAGGCGGCUCAGCACCAGGAGGGCAACGUGUCUCACUCUCUGCAGGAGGACGACCAGAGUGCUGGGGACCCGGACCUCAGCGGGACCGGCAAGGACCCGGAGGAAAUCCCCACAUUCGAUGAGUGGAAGCGAAAAGUGAUGGAGGUGGAGCAAGAGAAAACUCAGUCUACACACACGUCGACUAGCGGGGGCUCCAGUGUGGUCAAGAAGGUCCAAAAGAAUUUCAACAACUACGCUUCUGUGGAGUGUGGGGCCAAGAUCCUGGGUGCUAACCCAGAAGCUAAGAGCACGUCGGCUAUCCUGAAGGAGAACAUGGACUUGUACAUGCUCAAUCCCUGCAGCAAUAAGAUCUGGUUCAUCAUCGAGCUGUGUGAGCGCAUCCAGGUCAAGCAGUUGGACAUGGCCAACUUUGAACUCUUCUCCUCCACACCCAAAGACUUCCUGGUCUCCAUCAGUGACCGGUACCCCACCAACAAAUGGCUCAAGCUGGGAACCUUCCAAGGCCGUGAUGAACGCAUCGUGCAAAGCUUCCCACUGGAUGACCAUCUUUAUGCCAAAUAUGUCAAGAUGUUCACCAAGUACAUGAAGGUGGAGCUGCUCUCUCACUUUGGAUCCGAACAUUUCUGUCCUCUCAGUCUCAUCAGAGUGUUUGGCACCAGCAUGGUGGAAGAGUACGACGAAAUAGCUGAGCCUCAUGUGAGAGCAGAAGAGCAGGAUGAUGACUUGGACUACCCGUCUGGAUAUGGACCUGGUGAAGUCAAGCAUUCCAAGAACAUCAUUGGCUCAGCCAAGGAUGUCAUCCUGAACAUGGUCACUAAUAUUGCUGUCAAUGUUCUCGGGGGCAACCCGGACAUGCAAGGAAACAUCUCAUCCCAGGAUGGAAGUCAUGUGACCACUCCAACUCCCAUCACAGACCCAACUACCAAUCCUGAGUUGGAGGAGGCAGCCGCCUCUCCAGAUGUGGUCACCACUGAACCUUCAGCUCCACACCUUCUUCCUGACAAUGUGAGUCAACAUCUGCAGGAGCAGAUUGUCAUCCCUUUAGAGUCGGAGGAAGAGGACUCCAUCGUCUCCACAAUAACCCUUUUGGAAAAAGAGGAGGAGCCGGAUGAAGAGCGGGAGGAGGAGCAUGUGUCUUGUUGCUGUGCAGACUCCCUCCAGGAGUAUCUGCAGCAGCAGUGUUUGCUGCUCCUCUGCAGGACCGCCACACCUUUGCCACAGCCCCCAGAGGACAAACAUCAGCCCCGACAAGAAGAAGAAGAAGAAGAAGAAGCUCCUGCCAGGGAGCCAGGAAGUGGAGGCAGCCUACCUCCAGAGAAGACUGUCAUAGACUCUCAGGAGCACUCCAUCAGCCAGCUGGAGCCCAGCCUCAGUCUGCUGGAAACACCUUGUGUCGGCCCAGAAGAAGGCCAGGACAUUGUUCCCCUGGCACCAGUCCCCUCUGACAUGGCUGGAGAAGAUGUUCCUGCCCCCGAACCCCCGCACACACUCCCAGACCUCACAGAAGACUUCUCCUCCAGCGGCCUCCCGGACAUGUACGCCGAGCCUCCUAACACCACGGACAACAACCUGCUGCACACCGCCGGCCAGAAGGAGUCCGUGUUCAUGAGACUCAACAACCGCAUCAAGGCCCUGGAGACCAACAUGUCCCUCAGUGGACGCUACCUGGAGCAGCUCAGCCAGAGAUAUCGCAAGCAGAUGGAGGAGAUGCAGAAGGCCUUCAACCAAACCAUCAUCAAACUGCAGAACACUUCCAGAAUCGCAGAGGAGCAGGACCAGCGUCAGAGCGAGUCCAUCCACCUGUGUUGUAUCAUUUAUGAUUCAUCAUGUUGCUCCGUGCAGGACCAGCGUCAGACUGAGUCCAUCCACCUGCUGCAAGGCCAGCUGGAGAACAUGACUCACAUGGUCAUCAACCUGUCCGUCACACUCAGCCAGCUGCAGAACCAGGUGUGUCUGAGGGAGAAGUACCUGGCGGUGUGUGUGCUGCUGGCCGUGUGCGUCACCCUGCUGCUGUGUGCCAAGUGCUGCAUGUUCAUCAGUCCUCCUGCAGGACCACGGCUGCCCCCGGACACCACCUACACCUACUGUGGUCCUGCCAGCCACUUGACUUCCUGUCAUGACUCCGCCCUCAAGAGGAGCGCCUCCUAUCCACUCAUCAACCCCUCGCAGUCCGACACCAUUAAAGGGGUGGACAGUGUCCAGGCUGAGGAGAGUCCAGCCAACAGGAAGAGGCGGCGGCGUAAGAUGAAGUCCAUUGAGGAAGUGGAGACUCUGACUUCCUGUCUGGCUGCUCCUCCCCCUUUAUGUAACGGUGUGCCCGCCAAGAGACCGUCCUCCAGAGACUGUCCGUCCGAGGCCAGCUCGGAGACGUCGUCCCAUUCAGACGAUCCGUCCUUCUGCGGAAUCACCACGGCUUGUUCCCGCAUCUGCCCCGGGCUGAACCCGCCCAAGACCCGGGCAGAGAGACGGGCGUUAAGACGCAGGCGUCCCAAGCCCACCUGUGCGGUAGUGGACUUCCUUCAGGCCCCGCGUGGGAACAAGACCAAGGCUUUCUCCAUCUCGGCCACGCAGGACAUGAUGAAUAGGAGGAAGUCGGAACCCAGUCCUGGGACCUUUGGCCUGAAUAUUCCCCGCUCAGGACCCGUCUGACAUGAAGAGUCUGCAGGUACUACUCUUCUCUCUAAAAACACGAAGAGUGUCCAUGGUCUGUUGGUACCACUCUCCUCCCUGAAAGUCUUGACAUGAAGAGCGUCCAUGGUCUGUUGGUACCACUCUUCUCCCUGAAAGUCUUGAUAUGAAGAGCGUCCAUGGUCUGUUGGUACCACUCUUCUCCCUGAAAGUCUUGACAU